AUGGACGCGUUUGUGUCGCGCAAGAGGAAGUGGGAUGAGGGGCCGUCCAAGUCAGUGGCGAGUACGAGCACGCGGCCUUCAGAGGCUAAAGAUCCAGAAGAAGAGUCUACCGAUUUCAAGCUGGCCUUGCUGGCAUCUUUACAUCCUACAGUUGAUGAAGGGACUCUGCUUGAAGCAUUGCUCGCUGCUGAGGGGGCCGUUGAACAAGCCUCGGAAUGUCUAUCGCGGCCUCAAGUUGCGUCCCCACGCAAGCGACCCGCAUCAUCGACAGUGGGCUAUCAAUCAUCUCUGAGCGCGUAUCGCAUUGCUCCCGCCAACGGCGCGUUGACCAAGAAGCCACUUGUGAGAAAGGGCAAGACGCUAUCUCUCUAUAGCCCAGAAGACAUCGAAGCACAUACGCCCUGUUCAAUCAUACACAACUUUCUUCCGGUAGAGCAAGCGGAUGCACUGCUUUCGCAAUUACUGGACGCCUCGUCGACCUACGACAGGUACGAGUUCAAGCUUUUCGACAGAGUUGUUGUAAGCCCACACACGUACUCCUUCUACGUCAACAGCUUAGAAGAGGCGGAACGACAAAAGACGGAAUACAUCUACAACGGUGGCCAGAUCGAGGAUGUCCGACAAAGCCUACCAGAAAUGCUCAACGCAUGCCCCCAAGUCGAAGACGCCGUCAACCGCGAAAUCCAACGCAGAAUCCGCGACUUCUACCCCAACGGCAAGAAACUCAGAUACCAAUCCCCUCACCCCUGGAAAGCCAACACCGCCUUCGUCAACUGCUACGACGGACCACAAGAGAGCGUCGGAUACCACGCCGACCAACUCACCUACCUAGGUCCACGAGCCGUCAUCGGCAGUCUAAGCCUCGGCGUAGCGCGCGAAUUCCGGGUCCGCAAGACCGUCGCCGAAGACGACGAGCACCGAAAAGACGACGGUUCUCUCGCGGACGCACAAGGCCAAAUCAGCAUUCAUUUACCACACAACUCGCUCCUGGUCAUGCAUGCUGAGAUGCAAGAAGAAUGGAAACACUCGAUUGCGCCGGCCCAAGCUAUCGAUCCUCAUCCGCUGGCGAAGAACAAGCGUCUCAAUAUCACGUAUCGGUUCUAUAAGGAUAGCCUCCAUCCGAGUAUCCUCACAGGCUAUCUCUGGGGUUGUCUUCUGAUAACUCUGUUCCUCUUCACGUACUUCGCCAUCAGCUUCUGCGCCUGGGUUCUCUCAGCAGUUUUGGCUUCGAUCGACACCAUUGUUGACUUCGUACGGAUGUACUGCGACUUUUCGGAUGCUAGUACCGAUGUCGAGAUGAUGGCUCCUAUCUGGCUGGAGAAACACACGACUGAGAACUUGGAGCAACUCGCCAGACCAGAUGAGAUCACCAGGCUCAAAUGCACAUUACACGAAUACGACACCGCCCUCCAAGACGCACACUCAGCUGACGAAACAGCCAUACCACACCUGUCUAACACCCUCACGAACUUCCCUAACCUCCCCGAGAAAUCCCCUACACCCCCGCCCCUUUCUUAA